CUGAUGGCACCGGCAGUGAAUACGAGGCGCCGGGCUGCCCCGAAAAAAACCACCGCGGCGGCCCAGGGUCCCCGCCGAAAGCGGCAAUGGAGGCCGGACCCACAGCAGAGCUUUCUGGGGAAUGUUCGGGAGGGGCAAGGAUUUGCAUUUUGGAGAAAGCAAAAGAUCCAACGGGAAUACAAGAAAUUACUAAAAAAGGAAGGAAAGGCACAUCCUCAAUCGAAAGUUCAAUAUACAGAUUCUUACCCAGAGCACUUGAAGCAUCUCUAUUUAGCUGAAGAGGAAAUGCUUGAGAAACAAUCAAAAUCUAAAAGAACUGUAGUUUUGUUAGAACAAAAAUGCAGCACAACAGUAAAGUCAGAUACGACUCAGAAGAAGUUUAAAAAGAAAACUUCAAAUCAAAAAGCAAAAGAAGAAUAUGAGAAAAUAAAGGCUGAACGUGCCAAGAAGAAAGAGAUCUAUUGAAUCAUGACUUCUCCCCUAGAUGAAGAUAUUUGGGCUGCACUUUCUUGCUGUAAACACUAGAGGCAACUCGAGCUUCUUUACAGGGCUCCAGGGCUUUAUUAUGUCUUUCCCUCACUCACCACAGAAGUGAACAUGCUAAGCUGUCAGCUGAUGGACAACUUGGAAUGGACCCUGAACACAGCAGACCAAUUGAUAUGUAGGGAUCUAGCGCCCUCCCACCUCACUCCCUGGGGGAUAUAUUUUCAUGCAGUUAAAUCAUAAAGGUGUGAAACUCUUUACCAAGGAAACUUACCGGAAAUCUCUUGGAAUGGAGGCUCUGGCUCACAGAUAGCUGAAUCAUCUUUUCUUUGCUUCCCCUUCCUCUUUUGUCACUGGUAAAAGUGAUUCAGAAGAUGAAAGGGGAAGCAAGUCAUCCUAACCCCCUCCUGUCCCCCCCGAUCAAAAAGGCUUUGGUACUCAGACCUAGUAGUGAGGUCUCAGAGGUCUUCCCUCCCACCUAUUCCUCAGGCAGGAGUUCCAUGCCUGUGUUCCCCUUAUGCCUGACAGGAAGGCUGUUGAACCACAGGCUCUAAAAAGAGGGGAUGCUCCUCCAAAGAGAGGACUCUUAACUUUUCUCAGGUGUUCCACUUAUUCAGAACAUGCAAAAUCUUCCUAAAGAUGCCAAUGAAAAGUGACCCCCCAGAAAACCAGGUUUUUUACAAAAUGGUAUAAGACCUUCCAUCGUUGCUGCUUGCACCUAAGUGCUAAAUAGUGUUAUAAAUCUUGACACAUCAAGUUUCUAAUAGAUCACACAUGAAUAGAUGAUUCUUAAGACAGCAUAUCUGUUCAUACCACAAGUCAGGGUUAUUUCCUUUCCAUAGAAAUGUGUUUUCUUGUAGUCGUGUGAGCAGGAAGAGCCUCCAAAAUGUAUAUCUGUAAAUGCAAGCCAUCCUGCAUAUUCCACAUGGACAGGGUCAUUCUUCCUGCUCCAGAAUAAUUUGUUUCAAGCCCAAUGUCAGCAUUGAUCUAAAGUAACUUUUCUCUGAUGGUUCUUUGUCUGGCCUGCAUGAAAUGCAAUUGAUUAGGAGGGUUUGAUAUUUGUUUUUGUUCAGUGCCACACAUUUUAGUAUUUUUUCAGUAAUGUUCAUUAAUAAAAUACUCAUUUAUGGACACUUUUUGUGUAUUUGAAAGGGACUUAGUAUUUGCCAUUAUUUAGAUUUUUUAGCUGCUUUGGGAUUCCUAUUUAGAAAUGUUUGCUUGUGUUAUUUACAUUUAACUGACUUCAUAUUUUCAUACAACAUAAAGCACUAUUCCUGCUGAAUCAUGAAAUAUUUCUGUUGCAUAAAAUUGUUUUUCAUGUGUUCUUAAUUUCUACAAAACACUCUGAAGCCUAUUUAUGCAAUGAAAAGAAUAUAAUAUGCAUUUUAUAAACUAGCAUCUCUUGACACGCACACUGCUGCUAAGACAUCUGUCUUUGUGGCCUUUUCAGUGUUGCAUUUCAAAGAAUAAAAUCCCACCAGAGCAGCCAUCCAAAUAAACUGAAGCAAGCUUUUAGUCUGAUUAGUGACAGCUUCACGUAUUUUUAUCAGACAUGACUUCAGUGUAUCAAACUAGUUAGUACGCUCAUUAAAAAUAUAAUUUGCUUUAAUAAUUUAUUCAGUGUAAAACAAAAUAUUGAUAGUAGCACCUAAACUGGCCCUAAAUGCUGAAUAAUAUUAUAUAAAGAGUUUUAUACCAUGCUCGUCAUUGUAGUAUGAGAGUGCCUUCCCGUUUGUUUGUUUUUCUUCUUCUUCUCUCCCCAGUGGCAGAAGUGUGUGCAGUACAGUGUCUUGUUUUAGUGGGGAGGCUUUUAUUUCUUGUUUUAGUUUUUUUUUAAUAUGUAUGUUACAGAAAGCAGGUUUAAAAAAAAAUGUCUUGCCCUUGGAAUAGAAGGUGGUGAGCUUUGUGAUUUUCCUUAGUUCCUGUGGGAUUUCAUUCUACAGCCUCAGCCAGCCCUUUAGAAAGUUCUGUGUGAAAGACAAAAGAGCUUUAGCUUUAUAGUAGAGAGUACCAUUGUGCCACAGAUGUGAAGAUGCCAACGCAGUCUUCAUUCCAAUGUUUUAGGCGAAUGUAACAUUGUUUCUGUUACAAUAAUAUCUGGCUCUUCUUCAGUUCUCAGAUUUCUUUUAAAAGUGGUGGUGGCCAUAAAAACAGUAUGGUACCCAAAUUCCAAUAUUUUCACGAGGAUGCUUGUAUUAUUUAAAAAUCACAUCUCGGGGUUUGUACUGAUUCUGAUGUUCUCAUGUCAGUUACAUUUUUGCUGCUUUUAUUUCAGGCAGCAGAGAAAAGGAAACGAGAAAGAGAAGAAGCUCAAAGGCUCUACAAGCAAAAGAAAAUGGAAACUUAUAAAAUAUUAAGUAAAAGGACCAAAAAAGGACAGCCAAAUCUAAAUUUACAAAUAGAAUUUCUCCUUCAAAAAAUACAACAAAAAACAUAGACCAGAUUAUCUUCUCUUUUCAGUGAAUUAAAUCAAUCUACUAAAUACA